AUGGCACCCAUCACCAUCUCUCCUCCACUCCCAGCCUCACAACCGCACAGCCUCUUCCUCUCCAAGCUAUGCCCCGAGCUCCGCAACACCAUCUACGAACUCGCCUUAAGCAACACCACCUACACCGGCGGCGCCACCUGCUGGCCCAUCUACAUCGAAGGCGGACCGCUUGAGGACAGAUACGAAGUCUCAAAGCAACCCCUCGCGCUCCUAGCAACCUACCGCCAGAUCUACCACGAAGCGGCCGGCUUCUACUUCAACAUCCACCACAUCGGGUUCCUCGUCCCGCACGGUUGCUAUGCCUUCUCGGCAGAGGUUGGGGCCAGACACGUCGAGGCGGUCAAGAUCUUGACGGUCAUGUGCGGUGCAGGUGAGGCUGGGGAGCAAGCUAGGGAGUUUGUGAAAGCGGCUGUGGGGUUUGCUCGCUUGGAGGUAUUGACGCUGCGGAUUCAGGAGGAGGAGGGGGUUGAUGGUGAUGAGGUGCUGGGGCUUGUGGUGGAUGCUGUGACGGAGUUGGAGGAGGAGGUUGAGAAGCUGGUGGUGUUGGGGGAGGUUGUGGUUGAUGCGGAGCCGCUGGGAGUGGUGCCGGGGGUUGUUGGCGUGGUUCCGCAGUUUGGGAAGUUGGAGCGUGUUAGGGUCGCUUUGAAUGAGGGCGUUACUAAGAAGUAA